AUGCUCACUUUCGAACCGAAACAUACCCAACCUUUUACAUUCGAGCAUGCAUGCCAGCUUGAUGCUCCUACCAUCUCAGAGGAAAUUUCUCGUUUACACAAUUCGCUGAGGGUGCUAUCCUCAACACAAAAGCAACUCCAGGAGGCUAUGGCCGCAGAGACUACCCCAGAUGUCGACCUUCAAGAAGCGUACCGAGAGAACUUAGAAGUUAUAGGGUCGCAAGAGGAGAGGAUAGUCAUGUUGCGAAAGGCGCUGGAAGCUCGAGGCGCAGCUGUCGCUGAUAAUCCACACUACCAAGAUCAACCUCUCCCUCUCUUGCUCAACCUUCCACGUAACCCAGCUGUAGCUGUGGGACUUCCAAUUAUCUUGGGAUCUUUAAGCGGUUAUCCGACGGCCAAGGUUGUCAAGAGUGGCUGGUACGAGUCUCUGCGCGCGCCCCCAGGAAGGCCUCCGCGCCAAGCGUUUGGGAUUGUCUGGCCAAUACUGUAUGCUUCUAUGGGAUAUGCGUCUCAUCUUGCCAUCAAGACCUAUGACACUAGUCUAUCUCCGGCAAUCAAGGACGCUGCACUUACUGGGUUAAAAAUGUACUGGGUUCAACUCGGACUAAAUCUCGCGUGGACCCCGCUAUUUUUCUUGUGGAAACAGGCAGGCAUAGCAUUGAUUGACAUCGCCGCCCUAACAAGUACAGUCGCUGCCAUGACGCAUACUCUGCACGAACCAACCGGAGGAACUUCUACGUAUCUUUUGGCACCAUAUUGUGCCUGGUUAUCGUUUGCCACUUACCUUAACGGUGGGUACUGGUGGUUGAACCGUGGGACUCCGACCGGGCCAGCAACAUCUUUCCCUCGUCGUGAAGAGUAG